UGUGUACCCUUAACGUUCUACACGAUCCCGAAUCCUCCACGCCGCCCUGGUGCUGGUGGUGGUGGUGGUGGUGGUGGGGUGUCUCUUGAUAUCUUGGCCAAGAAUUCUUUAAGCUGUGGAUCGCAAGCGUUUGGGAGUUUUGUGCGUAUAACUGCCUGGCUGGCAGCUAGAUACCCUCGCCCCGGUUCCUAGGCUCUCAGCUCCUUCGCCGAAGCCCAGCAGUGAGAAAGGCGCGCCGCCACAUUGCAAAGGAUGGAGCAGACCGAGGUGCUAAAGCCACGGACGCUAGCCGAUCUGAUACGCAUCCUGCACCAGCUCUUCGCUGGCGAGGAGGUCAAUGUGGAGGAGGUGCAGGCCGUCAUGGAAGCCUACGAGAGCGACCCCGCCGAGUGGGCAGCGUACGCCAAGUACGACCAGUACAGGUACACCCGAAAUCUUGUGGAUCAAGGAAAUGGAAAAUUUAAUCUAAUGAUUCUAUGUUGGGGUGAAGGACAUGGAAGCAGUAUCCAUGACCACACCAACUCUCACUGCUUUCUGAAGAUGCUGCAGGGAAAUUUAAAGGAGACAUUAUUUGCCUGGCCUGACAAAAAAUCCAAUGAGAUGAUCAAGAAGUCUGAAAGAAUCUUGAGGGAAAACCAGUGUGCCUACAUCAACGAUUCCAUAGGUUUACAUCGAGUAGAAAAUAUCAGCCAUACAGAACCUGCCGUGAGCCUUCACUUGUACAGCCCACCUUUUGAUUCAUGCCAUGCCUUUGAUCAAAGAACAGGGUAUAAAAACAAAGUCACCAUGACAUUCUAUAGCAAAUUUGGGAUCAGGACUCCAUUUGCAACUUCUGGAUCACUGGAGAACAACUAAGGAGCACCAAGCCCUCUAAGGGUUGCAGAAAGUUCCGCCUUGGACAGACAGGAGGGCCUUCCACCCUGUGCUGUUCAGUCAUACACUUUACAAAGCCAAUACUUAGAUCUCCAGUAAGGCAGAUGCCAAUUAUAAGGCAUUCAGUGAGCAAAUAGUGACCUGAGCUACUACAGAAGAAAAAUCCCUUAAGAAAAAAAAAAAAA